UUUAUUUUGCAGCCUGCUUCUUGCUUUGUGUCUCAAUAGUUGUCACAAGCUGCAGCCCCUGACCUGUGCUGAUACAAGAAGAAGACAUGGGGUUGUGGGCUUUUAUGACUGCAGCUCUUAUUCUGCUCCUGAUCCUGGUUGUCCUCUGUUUCCUUCUUUACUGUGGAUACAUCUACUACAUACACAUGAAGUAUGACCACAUCCCUGGUCCUCCCAGAGACAGUUUUCUCUUUGGACACUCGCCAACAAUAAUGAAGCUGAUGAAGGAUAAUAUGGUUAUGUAUGACACCUUCCUGGAAUGGGUUGAGAAGUACGGUCCAGUGAUACGUGUUAAUUUGUUACACGGUACAUUUGUCAUUGUUAUCAGUCCAGAAUGGGUUAAGGAAUUCUUGAUGUCACCAAAAUAUGCCAAAGAUAAAUUAUAUGAACGUCUUGAAACUUUGUUUGGAACAAGGUUCCUGGGAAAGGGUUUAGUGACAGAUCGAGACUAUGACCACUGGCACAAACAGAGGAGGAUGAUGGAUCCAGCAUUCAGCAGAAACUAUCUGAUCGGAUUAAUGGGAACGUUCAAUGAAACAGCAGAAGACCUGAUGGACAUACUGGGAGAUAAGGCAGAUGGAAAAUGUCAGGUCGGGAUGCACGAUAUGAUGGGUAGGGUCACACUGGACAUCAUAGCCAAGGCUGCUUUUGGGAUGGAGCUGAACUCCCUUCACGAUGAUCAGACGCCAUUCACCAGAGCCAUCACAACUGUAAUGAGAGGAAUGGUUGAGACACGGAAUCCUUUAGUGCAGUAUAUGCCAGGAAAGCAGGCCUUUAUCAGAGAAGUCAAAGAGAGUCUCAAACUCCUCCGGGAAACCGGACGAGAAUGUAUUUUACAAAGAAGGAAGGCGAUUCAGGAUGGAGAAGACAUUCCUAUGGAUAUCCUCACACAGAUCCUUAAAGGAGCCGAGAUAGAAGACGGCUGCAGUCUAGAGGAUUUAAUAGAUAAUUUUGUCACAUUCUUUGUUGCAGGUCAAGAAACAACGGCCAACCAGCUAUCCUUCGCUGUGAUGGAAUUAGCACGAAACCCGGAGAUCCUGACAAGAGUCCAGACUGAAGUGGAUGAAGUUCUUGGCUCCAAAAGAGACAUUGAAUAUGAAGAUCUUGGAAAAUACAAGUAUCUGUCCCAGGUCUUAAAGGAAACCUUGAGGUUGUACCCAAUAGCCCCUGGGACAACAAGAGUCCUAGAGAAGGAAAUGGUCAUCGAAGGGGUGAGGAUUCCUCCUGGAACAACUCUUAUGUUAAAUACUUACAUCAUGGGUCGGAUGGAGAAAUAUUAUCAAGAUCCCUUGGUCUUCAAUCCUGACAGAUUUCACCCUGAUGCUCCUAAGCCUAGCUAUGCCUACUUUCCAUUUUCUCUUGGACCACGAUCAUGUAUUGGGCAAGUAUUUGCUCAGAUGGAGGCAAAGGUUGUCAUGGCCAAGCUCCUGCAGAGAUUUGAGUUUGAGCUGGUGGAAGGACAGAGCUUCAGGAUCUUGGACACCGGGACCCUGCGUCCUAUGGAUGGUGUGAUCUGCAGACUGAGACCCCGAGCAGAGCACAAAUCCAGAAAAUAAAAUAAAAAAUAAAAAUGAAGACAUCAGAAGUCAGACAUUAGAUUUGUUCUUUAUUAUAUGACCGCUCCAAAUAUGGAGCAAAGGAUCACUGCCUGGAAAAAAAAAAAGUUUUUAACUUUUGAGCCUAUAAAAGUGUAUUACAACUUUAUAUGAGUAAAAACCCAAUCAGCAAGUUGUUCAUAUUGUAUAGAUUCCAAGGUCUAAAGAAAUACUGAAUGUAGGUAUGGUAAUGAUAGAGAUGUGAAUAUCAUUCUAUAUUUUGUAUCUUUACGGACUGUGUACUUAGAUGAUUUUUUUAAGUAGUUGCUUUAAGCUGCUUGUUCCUUACUUGCAAGCGCUUCAUCCUCCUCCCUUUGCUUCAAUCUGCCUUUUUAUACAAUGAUGAACAGAGAAGGGGGGAGCACACAGCUGUGGGAUGAGCUCAUCCUCACUUCUCCUCACAGAUGUGUCAAUAUGAUGUAUGGACUGUAGAAGAAUGCUUAAGCCAAUUACGUAGUUAGCACAUACCCAUGUAAACUUAUUGCUUAUAAGAGAGCACCUCUAUGGAGAGCACCGUUCUAUGGAAAGAGUAGGUGUAAAGAGCGCACCAAAUGCUUGAAAUAACUUCUUUAUUAACUUCAACUUUUCUUCAUAUAACACUGCCGCCUCUGCAGCAGAUAGUCCAUGUACAAAACUCGUGUUGAAUAAAGAUUUAUAUAAUGGCGGUAUGCAUAAGAUGGUUGUUCAACUGUUCAGUCUUGUCAUUCAACAUAAAAUGGUGGACAUAUUUGUCUCUUGA